AAGGGUGCAGUGUGCAAGAGACGAGUCGCCAUAGUCUUUCGGGGAGCAACGGCAGUGGCCGAGGCAGAACGCGGAGUGCGGUGUGUGGCGGUGUGCUGAUGCGGUCGGCGUAGUGGGGAGGCUCGGUGGGGACAAAUACGUUGCCCCACCUUUCGGACCGUUCUCCCCCCCACUUCCCCUAAAACGUUAGCACGUCGCGCUUCGCUAUCGCACGGAAUCACGGACAAAUCAAACAUGGCGAUUCAGUCGCUGUUUGCGGUGAAGGCGUACGGUUUGUAGAACGGGAGCGCCGAGUAUUGCUGGAUGAGGCAGUGUUUUUAACGGUAAUGUGUGCUUGUACCACCGCGAAUCGUCGAAUUUUAGUCAAUAUUACGAAUAUGGAGGAUCAUAAUGUCAAGAUAACGACAGAGAAAGUGUCGGGCGGCAUUGAUGAAGUACGUGACGUGAAGGGCGUAAAAGCGGAGCCGACGCCUGCGGCGUCAUCGUUGCCAGCUACGGAACAAGUAUCGCACUCUACUGGUGAAUAUAUCAAGGAGGGCGACCAUGUUAAUGGGAAAACUUGCGUUAAAUCGUUGGUAAAAAAAGCGGGAAAAUUUGAAAGUGGAAGUGGUAGUGGCGAUCAAGAAGGGUGCCAGUACGAGGAUGGAAUUGAUAUCGCGGCAAAGAAAAGAAAGACGCGUAGAGGUAAACCUAAGCAUAGAAAAUUAAAACCGUAUUCAAAACAGCAAUUGUCUUAUCAACAACAGCUAAGAUAUAGAUCUAGAGGUCGACUAGCAAAAACUGGUAGACAACCUCCAGCACCAUAUAACACUACACAGUUUCUUAUGGAUGAUCACAGCGAUCUUCCAGAUCUUGACCAAAAACUUUCAGAAGCCGCGUCGUCGGAAAUUCCGGCUACGUUUCAAAAACCGAUAGCUCCGUCUCGUACGCGAGACUCUAGUUUCAGCGUCGACUCCGACGAAGAUUAUUUUUAUUCGUCUCCAGAGGAUGAGGAAGAAUUCUUGACAAAGGAAUUUUCAACAGCUUACGAAGAUCUUCACGCGGAGCGGUUAAGCACAUUAAGUAAAUCAGAAUUGAUACAGGAAUAUCUACAAUUAGAGGCCAAAGUAGAUUUAUUGACGAAACGAUUACGCGGUAAAAAUUUUCACCAGAUGGAAGAGCGAGAUUUAGAAAGCAGAUGUAGUAGUACGGAUUCAGAAUCGGCGAAAAAGUUAAAAAUAUGUCAACAGCGAAUUGACGAUUUAAUGCAACAAAAUGAACAACUAAAGCGAGAAAACGAAUCGUUGAGGGCUCAAAGACAUGGCAGUGUAGUUUCAAGUGUUGAUAGCGAAAGCGACAGUGAUAGUACAAGUAAUGGAAAUAGGAGCAGAUGUAGUUGUCACCUUUCGAAUCCAGACCAUGUGGGAUAUACUAGACACGAAAGUAGUCAAAGAAGAGACAGUUCGGUGUCUAGUACUGAUAGUAAAAGUAAUAGUUGUAAUACAAGCUCGAGUGAGAGUUCUAAAGAAUCCGUAACACCGGUUAAUCUCUCAAAUGGUCAUUUAACUAUUCAAGAAAUUAAUGGCCUUCCCACAUAAAUUAUAAAGAGCUGUUUUUAUAUUAAAAGUCUAUUCAAUGUUUGAAGAAUCAACAUACGAGUCAAAUUAAAUAUGUCAUUGGUCCUUCAUAUUUGAUUUAAGCCUAAUGAUCUAAUGAGAAGACUGGUAUGAAUCAAUUUGGUUGCAUUUAAGCAACAAUUGAAUAUGUUCUUGUGAUUUACUUCCCAUAUUUCUUUUAAGAGCCCUUUGUGUAAGAAAUUUGAAUGUGUAACAAAGUAAGAAAUACAUACCCAACCUAAUGGAAGAGCAAAACUAGUGCAGAUUACAUUGUUAUUCGCUUUAUUAAAUUUCCAAGAGUUGCACAUUUAAUAGUAUACAUCUUAUAACGUUAUUUUGUCUUACUUCAUCCGCUGCUACUUAUAAUACUGUCGAGCUAAUUUUCCUUUAACAGCUUGUUUUCAAUGAACUGCCAUUUAAAAAUAUUGAAUGUAUAAAUUUGUUUUACAGACCAUCAGCUAAUGAAUUAUGAAAUACCCAUUUAGAUACAAUAAAAGAAUACAAUUUAAUGUUAAAACUGUGUAAUUUAUAUUGUAAGAGUUUAAGCAUUAUUGUACAAUUGUAUAGAUCUAAGAUAUAAGAUUAGAUGUUAGUUUAUGGUCUGAACAUACAAUGUAUUAAAGUAUUUCGCACUUUAAAUUUUUAAUAAAAUUCGUUUUUCUUUC